UUUGCAGAGGCCAUCAACUGUCUUCUCCGAGCCAUAGAGAUCUACACCGACAUGGGAAGAUUCACCAUCGCAGCCAAGCACCACAUAUCCAUAGCUGAGAUCUACGAGUCCGAGCUGGUAGACAUAGAGAAGGCAAUAGCCCACUAUGAGCAGGCAGCAGAUUACUACAAAGGGGAGGAGUCUAACAGUUCUGCCAACAAAUGUCUGCUGAAAGUGGCCACCUAUGCCUCCCAGCUGGAGCAGUAUGCCAAAGCUGUAGAAAUCUACGAACAGGUUGGUACCAACGCAAUGGACAGCCCCCUGCUCAAGUAUAGUGCCAAAGAUUAUUUCUUCAAAGCUGCCCUCUGCCACUUCUGCAUCGACAUGUACAAUGCCAAGCUGGCAGUCCAGAAAUAUGAGGAGAUGUUCCCAGCUUUCUCCGAGUCCAGGGAGUGUAAACUAGUGAAGAAACUUCUUGAUGCUCAUGAAGAACAAAAUGUGGAUCACUACACGGAUGCAGUAAAAGAGUUUGACUCCAUCUCGCGUCUGGACCAGUGGCUAACCACAAUGCUGCUACGUAUCAAGAAGACCAUCAAAGGAGAAGAGGAAGACUUGCGCUAAUGGUCAUAUCCUGUUACCCCCUUCCCCUACCGGCGAGAGUCCGCAUCAGUAAUUUUGAGGGGUGGGAUGGGGGAACAGUUACGCCCAUUUUCAUUAUUGUCAUAAAAUUCUAACUUACCGCAAGAACCUCUAUAAUUCUCAUUAUUUUUUUGUGUUUAAAGUUCACCUGCUGACAACACACAGUAGUGGCGGCCAUUUUACACAGGAAUGCAGCCUCUCCAUUGCUUUGGAACCUGUGCCAUCAUUAAGGCUGCAUUUGGUUCAGCUAUUGCUUCUGUAGACAAAAUGGCUGCCACCACCGUGUGUAGUCAUGGGGAUUACUUAUAAAAGUUUAAAGUAUUUAGUGACCUGAGGGAGUUCUUGUGAUAUUGCAGAUUAGAUUUACAAUACUGCAGUGGGUACCAUGACUUUCUUGCACGUUUUUAGCUAGCAUUGGGAACCUCCUCAGCCAAAGUAUGAGGUGGGUUCCUUCCUCCUCUGUCACAGCUCAGACAGUAUCUUCAUGCAAUCCUCGCUUUUUGGGACGACCGGCUCAGCCGUUUUACCGUUUGCAUGGAUUUUGGGAGCAUGGUUGGGGGGAGGGGGAGGUCUUUAACCCUAAUUACCUUACACUUACUAUAUAUUACUUUUAGGGCUAUCUGUACCUGCAGCUUGACCAAAUUUGGGGGUUAUAUGUAUUUAACUGCCAGAGCUGACCAUGGUUUGGAGGUCACUGCAGCAGUGACUGUACAUUUUAUUACUGUAUGCCUUUAUGGAGUAUAUUAAAAAUAAUGAUUUAAAAGAAGAAUAAUAAAAAAAAAAAAAAGCUAUUUAUCCAGGGAUGCUAGAAACGACACAUCUCUAAAAUAUUGGUACACGCUGCACAAUUGUCGAGCAUCAGGGUCCAGGAAAAAGACAUAGGGGGACAUUUACCAAGCAGUGAUAAGAGCGGAGAAGUGAGUCAGUGGAGAAGUUGUCCCAUCAACCAAUCCGCAGCUCUGUAUCAUUUUAUAGUAUGCAUAUUAUAGAUGUUACUUCAGUGCUGAUUGGUUGCCAUGGACAACUUCUCCACUGGCUCACUUCUCCGCUCUUAUCACUGCUUAGUAAAUGUCCCCCAUAGUCUGGAGUUUACACUAUAGCAAUGAUGUAUUGUGCCCUGCAUGUGUGAGGCACCUCCAGCUGAUGGCUGUAUGUGUCACUCGGAGACGUAGGGCUUUGAAGGAGAAAAAGUGGAUUUGUCAGAAGGGAGAAACUGAGAUAUCUGCCCAUCUCCGCCAGAUGACUCCAACAGCGUCAUCCGCAUACUACAUAAUUGUUGUUCCUUUAUCUUGCAUAAAACAGUAGAUGUGCGUAUUUAUCUGCAUUUUAUGUCAGACGCAAGUUAUUUUCUUUGUUUUGUGAGCCAUCUUGCAAGAAACGCAGUUGAGCCAUGUUAAAUAAAUAAAGUAGGGAUAAGACAUG